UUUUUUCAUGUUAAGAAGAGUCGUCAAGCUUAAAACUUUCUGGGAAUUUUUUUCCGGCAAAACAGGAAGAGAUUACUAAUCCAGGUGCAUGCCAUAUGGCAUGGUUCUUGAUUAUUUCUUCUGUGAUUGUACUAUGGGUAGCUUCUUUAUGCAAAAUUCUGCAUGGCUCAUAUUCACCUCCGAAGGGUACUUUCUUGAAUAAUUUGAAAAAUGGUGGCAGUGUCAACAAGAGAAAUGUUUUGCUGGUUAUUGCCCACCCAGAUGAUGAGUCCAUGUUCUUUACUCCAACCAUAAACUAUCUCACCAUGAGAGGGCAUAAUAUUCACAUUCUUUGCUUGUCAAUUGGUGAUGCAGAUGGUAAAGGAAUUACCAGAAAAGAAGAGCUCUACCAGGCUUCUGCAAUCCUCAAGGUUCCACAUCAACAAGUGAAGGUUCUGGACCAUCCAGAUCUCCAGGAUGGUUUUGGAAAAGUUUGGAACCAUAACAUAUUGGCAAUGAUUAUUGAAGAGGAAAUUAACAGUUAUGGUAUUGAUUUGAUAAUUACUUUUGACAAUUAUGGAGUUUCGGGCCAUUGUAACCACCGUGACGUGCAUUAUGGGGUAAUGAAGCUCUUACAUGCAUCAUCACAAAGGAAAAUUGAAGCUUGGGAACUUGUUAGUACUAACAUGUUCCGCAAGUAUAGCGGUCCAGUGGAUAUAUGGCUGUCCAGUUUAUAUCCCAUGCAAUGCUCACAUGAAGUGCUGCAUUGCUUGUUGAAUGAGCAGCCUAGAAAGAGCUUCCGGGCGAUGGCACAACAUUCAAGCCAAUGGGUUUGGUUCCGCAAACUGUUUGUAGGAUUUUCCAGUUACACCUACGUGAACACGCUUAGAAAGAUGAAGUAGCUUGUGGGAUCGGUUUGGAUACUUGCUUCUUUGGUAGAUCUGCUGCUUAGCUGGACAUAUGUUUUUUGUUCUUGUAUAUGCCUCUGUUAGUGUCUCUUUAUGAGAUGUUUCAAUCGUAAAUUGAAUACAAUCCUUGCACUCGUGCAAAAAUUUUCAUUG